CUUUCUGGCGGCGCCAGGCUUCGGCUACCUCCGUGCGCGGCCCGCCGGCUUCCGCCUUCCGGUCGGCGCGCGGACUCUGGCCGGCCCAUGCUCGCACCAUGGCUCCGCUGCGCUUCUCCGCUAACCUGUCCUGGCUGUUCCCCGAGCUGCCCGGCCUUCCUGCGCGGCUCCAGGCCGCCGCCCGCUCCGGCUUCGAGGCGGCCGAGGUGGCCUGGCCGUACGCAGAGGACCCCGAGGCGCUGGCGCGCGCGGCCAAGGAUGCCGGGCUGCGGCUGGUUCUGAUCAACACGCCCCCGGGAGACCAAGAAAAGGGGGAGAUGGGGCUGGGGGCCAUUCCCGGAAGACAGGUGGCCUUCCGAGAGGGGCUGGAGCAGGCCGUGCUGUACGCCAAGGCCCUGGGCUGUCCUAGGGUUCACCUGAUGGCUGGCCGAGUACCGCAGGGGGCUGAUCGGGCAGCAGUCCGGGAGGAGAUGGAGACGGUGUUUCUGGAGAACCUGAGGCAUGCGGCUGGGGUUCUGGCCCAGGAGAACCUCGUGGGACUGCUGGAGCCCAUCAACACCCGCGUCACGGACCCCCGAUACUUCCUGGACACGCCCCAGCAGGCGGCAGCCAUCUUGCAGAAAGUCGGAAGACCCAAUCUGCAGCUCCAAAUGGACGUGUUCCACUGGCAGAUCAUGGACGGGAACCUGACAGGAAACAUCCGCGAGUUCCUGCCCAUUGUGGGCCAUGUGCAGGUGGCCCAGGUCCCAGGUCGAGGGGAGCCCAGCAGCCCUGGAGAGCUGAACUUCCCCUACCUAUUCCAGCUGCUGGAAGACCAAGGCUACCAAGGCUUUGUGGGCUGCGAGUAUCGGCCCCAAGGAGACACCGUGGAGGGUCUGAGUUGGCUCCGUUCCUACUGGGACAGGCGGGGCCGCCCACAGGCUGACCAGUGAGGCCCUGACACCACCCAGAUGCCUCUCAGGGCCAGGGACCGAGAAUCCCAAGUCUGAAUUAAAGACGCCUGCUGACCAUU